GAUGUGCAGGCUGAUCACAAUCUACACUGGUCGCAAAGGCAGAAUCAGUUGUGUCCAGCAUGGUAAGGGUAGCAGUUUUAGCAGAUUUUUCACAUGACACAUUUCCUUAGAAAGCAUGCUUAAAUCAAGCUUACCCUUCAUUCAGAUAGUGUAAAAAGACAAUGUAAAUAAAAUAAAUCCCAGAAUUUAGCAUAUGCGCCAUAAUACGCUUUGAAAAUUGCAAUAUAUCAAUAUGUGAAGAUUGAGAUUUUGAACCUUUCCUGUAGAAGUGUUCUCAGUUUAGGUACAAACAUAAUACAAUGACCAUCAAUAAUGUCGGUUUAGCAAAUAAUAUCAUGGGAAAAUGAGCUCCUUGUGACAUAUGGUCCUACUCAUAUCAAUAUUUCCUUUUACAAUUGUAGUUUUCCGCUUGCAAGACAACUGUAAGGGGGGGACUAGAAUGACUUUCAAAAAACACUUGUACCAAUGGUGAUGUUGGAAAAUAACAUAAGAGGCAUUUGUUUGUAUUUUAUCACAUUUGCACAUAGUUUAGACUUCAGUUAACGGAUAGUGAGUUUUUUUUCUUUGUGUGUUUUAUAAAGACAUUUUAUAUGGCACGUUCUGAAGGAGUUUUAUUGUGGAAAUUGAUUUUCAACCUGAAACCUUUGUCUUAAGAAUUGAGACCAAAAAUAGCUUAGAACACGUUGAAAAGCUUUUAAAUUCAAGAGCAAAUGGUUUGAAACAAAGGAAUUAUUUUCUUAUCAAGUGUUGUUCAAUUUUGAAAGGAUUACAAUGAAUUAUCUUUUAUCUGAAAUUUAAGUGGAUUUUCGUCACAGAAUUUUCAUUGUUACAUAGCCAGAAGGUGUUGGUAUCUAUGGUAAAACCGUCUUUUGAUAAGAUAAUCAAAAGUCUUUGUGGUUUCCGUAAAGUCCAUAAAUCUAAAUGAAAAUGUAUUUUAAUAUAAUCAAUUAUAUCUGAUCAAUCGAACCUUGUGAAUACAGCUGCACUAAAGAGAUUGUGCACAACAGUUUGUUUAAGUAAUUCGCUACUAAAACAUGGAUUUAGGAAGUAACUACCGAGUGGAGAUGCUGUCAUCUCAAGUGGAUUUCCUUUUCGACGAUUAUUCCGGCUAUAUCAUAGAAGGUUUAUUUACAGAUGGAAGUGGUCAGCCUCUUAUACCAGGGUCUUUAACUCCGCCGGACAAGAUGAAUGACAGCAUGGUAACCAUGACAGCACCAAACCAUCUUGAACUCGGCUCCUUACCAUCAACGAUACAGACCCCACCAAGUCCGCUCCCAACUCCCUCGCCACCUAUCAUGAGAACACAUACAGAUAUAAAUGGUUACGAGUAUAAAAGUCAGUACCAUGACCAAAGGCUGACAAGAGAGGCAAUGAGGAAAUAUCUAAAAGACCGAGGGGAUCAAGUGCUUGUUAUUUUACACGCUAAGGUUGCUCAGAAGUCAUAUGGUAAUGAAAAAAGAUUUUUUUGUCCUCCACCAUGUAUUUAUUUAUUUGGGAAUGGCUGGAAACGGAAAAAAGAGGAAAUGGAGAAGGGCGGGGCUACGGAACAGGAAUCAACUGUUUGUGCUUUUAUGGGGAUUGGUAAUUCAGACCAGGAAAUGGUGCAACUAAAUAUGGAGGGAAGGAAUUACUGUGCUGCAAAGACACUAUAUAUAUCAGAUUCUGAUAAAAGAAAACAUUUUAUGUUAAGUGUAAAAAUGUUCUAUGGAAGUGGGCAAGACAUUGGUGUAUUUCAUAGUAAAAGGAUUAAAGUAAUUUCUAAACCGUCUAAGAAAAAACAGUCUUUGAAGAAUGCUGAUUUAUGUAUAGCAUCGGGGACCAAAGUAGCUUUAUUUAACAGAUUACGGUCACAGACUGUGAGUACAAGAUAUCUACAUGUGGAGGACGGCAACUUUCACGCUAGUUCUAUACAAUGGGGGGCUUUCACAAUACACUUACUUGAUGAUAACGAAUCAGAAAGUGAAGAGUUUACGGUUAGGGAUGGUUAUAUACAUUACGGGUCUACUGUGAAACUGGUGUGUUCUGUUACUGGCAUGGCUCUACCUCGACUUGUGAUACGUAAAGUAGACAAGCAGACUGCAGUGCUUGAUGCAGACGACCCAGUUUCUCAGCUCCAUAAAUGUGCCUUCUACCUGAAAGAUACUGAAAGAAUGUACCUCUGCCUUUCACAGGAAAGAAUUAUACAAUUCCAGGCAACACCAUGUCCAAAGGAGGCAAACAAAGAGAUGAUCAACGAUGGUGCAUCAUGGACUAUAAUUAGCACAGAUAAAGCAGAAUAUACAUUUUUUGAAGGCAUGGGGCCAGUCAAAGAACCUGUGACUCCAGUCCCUGUGGUAAAUAGUUUACAGUUGAAUGGGGGUGGAGAUGUGGCCAUGUUAGAUUUAGUAGGUGAAAAUUUUACUCCAAUGUUACGGGUGUGGUUUGGUGAUGUAGAGGCAGAGACUAUGUACAGGUGUGAGGACGGCAUGCUGUGUGUCGUACCCGACAUCAGCGCCUUCAGAGCCAGCUGGAGAUUUGUUAAACAACCACUACAGGUACCUGUUUUGUUAGUGAGAAAUGAUGGGGUGAUAUACUCUACUGGACUAACAUUCACUUAUACACCAGAGCCCGGUCCCCGGCAACGAUGUCGGGAGGUCGAUGGACUCCUUGGCAACAGCCAUGUUAACCAAUCAGACUCCUCAGCUAAUAAUAGUAACAAUGGUCAGAACGGACUGUUAAGUCAUGUUGACCCAGUGUAGCCAUUGACUUGGUUGUGAUAUAACCUAAAAUGUGCAUUAGAAUAAAUUAUUUUGUGAUACUGUUAUGUUCAAAUUUAGUGCUAGUGUGAGAGUUCAGUGCAGUUUUUCUGGAUAGUCUGUGAAAAUUGUGAAUGGAAUAUAAUCAACAUCAGCAUGCGGAUAGAAUUCAAGACUUCAGUCACUACUGGACUUGUUUUCAAACGAUUUUCCAUCAAAAUAUACUAUUUACUGACACAUGAAAUUUUGCAUUUCUCAUUUAAUUUUCAUUGAAUUUAUUUCAACUUUACAACAAAAGAUAAACAGCAUUAAAAAAAACUUGACAGAGUCAAAUUUGUAAUACUAUAAUUAUGAAAUCAUGUUCCUCUGUAACAAAUAUCAUGAACUUUUGAAUAUCAAGUAUAUCAUGGAAUCAGCUGUCCUUAAAACAUUUUUGACAUAAAAUCUAAGUAAAAGAUGUCAGUUUUGCAGAAUAGAAUAUAACAUUGGCUAAUGUAAUGAAGAUAUUUUUUUUAUCACUGAGUAGAUUACUUGUUAUUUAUGAGUUUUGAUAUUCCAAACUGUUCAUGAAAUUAGUGAAUUUUUUGUGUGUAGAAGGCAGCUAUUUAAACUUGUGUAUUUUUUUUUGCAAUGACCAACAUUGAAAAACAGCGAUACACGGUGAAAGACAGAGUCUUCCUUUUCAGUAGCAGAGAUGGGUUGACGGUAUAGGAUCAUGCAUUUUGUGGUUUUCAUUCGUUAACUGGAAUAUAAUAUCGUUUAGUAAAUGAUAAUAAACUCUCUGCAACAAAGUCAGUAUUUUAAAACUGUGCUUAAGUCUUUGAUAUACUUAAAAUUAUGCCAAAUCUUGUGAAAAUGAAAAGUAAACCGAUUAAUUUCAUAAAACUACUUUUUUUCCAACAUAAACAAUGCUGUAUGUUAAGAUUUACAAGUAAAAUGAAAUAAAAAUAGCCUCAAUGAAUACCAGUACAACAGAGUCAUUCAUGCAUACAUGUACUAUUCAACUAUUAGUAAAUAUAUUCAAUGUGUGAAUGGAAUUAGUAUUUGACUUAGUAUUUUGAAACACUUGAGAUGAUAUGUCGUAUUGUUGAAUACUGUAAAAUCAUUUAAUUUCGUAGGCAUGAAAUUUCGUGGUAUUGGUAAAAAGGGCAAUUUCGUGGGGAUAUAAAUUCGUGGAUUUCAUCGUUUGAAUAUAAAAUGAAUGGGAAUUUUACUUGUUCAUUAGGAUUAAAUUUCGUUGAUUGACUCAACCACGAAAUCCACGAAAAUUAAUCCCCCACGAAUAUUAAUGAUUUCACAGUAUACUAUCAGAAUUAACCUUUGCAAAAUAAACAAAGUACUAUGUAAUUUUUCCAUUUCCAAGGGCAGAAAAAAAUUACAGUUUUAGCCAAUACAGCUGUUUUAGUUGAGACAUAAAUUUGUGAAUUUAAUCUAAUUUUUGUUGAUAUGAAAUGCAAAUUUGUAUCUAAUUUUUUGGAUAAAUGCAAUCGGUGAAUUGUGAUUAUAGGUAACUAUCUCCGCAGCUCUGCCAACCCCAAAAUCCUCGAAAAAUUAAGUCGGCCACAAAUGACAAUGAUUUCAUACUACAGUAAUGUUAUUGUUGCAGUUUUAUACCAUGCAUUUUAUUACUGAUAUAUUUAUAUGCAAAACAAACUUUUGUUAAUGUAAAUGGCAAUGAAAUACACAUAUCAAUACAUGAAAUUAAUCCACUUCAACUGUUUCGUGCAAAUUUAUGUUAACCAGCCAGCAUUGGCUUUAUGAGAGUUUUUAGGGCUUUUUCCAAGGGUUCUCAUGGGUCGCCAGUGUUCUCUCGGGCCACCAGUGAACAGUAGCUGAAUCAUCAUAACUUAAGGCUAUUGCCUGUUUGUUUACCAUAGUUGAAAUUUUGGUGUAGUGAAAAUAAAUUUCACCAGGGGCCCUUUUUUUCACAAAUACCCUUGAAAAAGCCCUGAUUUUAUAUGCAGUCUAAAUAUCUAUAUAUAUUCAUAACAUUUCAUUAAUGUCUAUUUUCUCUGCACAUGUAGGGGUCUGCAUGUGCAGUUUGUCAAGGUUGCUGGUUUCAAACCAAACCACUUUCCUGCCAUACUGCAGGUUUGAAAUGUCGCCUGUGAUUUAAAUUCCUUCAUAUGAAAAAAACAUUAGAAAGGCUUCUGUUUGGGUCUUUGCUCAUGUGUGCCUGAGUUAAUGUCCAUCCAGUAUUCAGAAAAGUUGUAAAAUCACCAUAUGACCCUAGUGCUGUUGGAUACAUGCACUAGAUUUACUUUAUUUAAAACUUACGACAUUGUUCAUAAUUUUUGAUAUAAAUUAUAUAAAACCUAAAUUUCUCUUUUGUUCCAGAAAAAUCUAAACGUUAAUUGUCCUAUGCUUCAAAAAGAAACAAAAACCUUCCUUAGAGUAGACAUUGCAAGUCAUUACAGAUCUGUUUGCCAUUCCAAAGAUACAAUGCAGCACCAAAAUUGAACCAAGCCAUGAGAAAACCAACAUAGUGCGUUUGCGACCAGCAUAGAUCCAGUCCAGCCUGUGCAUCCGCGCAGUCUGGUCACGAUCCAUGCUGUUUGCUUUCAAAGCCUAUUUCAGUUAGAGAAACUGUAAGCAAACAGCAUGGAUCCUGACCAGACUGUGCGGAUGCUCAGGCUGGCCUGGAUCCAUGCUGGUUGCAAAUGCACUAUGUUGGUUUUCUCAUGGCAUGGCUCAAAUAUUUGUUACACCAAACUACAUCAUUCAAAAUUUUCAUUAUUUCUCAUUGUUGCAUGCACAAACCUAAAAUGUUGUUAUUAUGUUGUUUUUAGUGCCAGUAUAUUUUUUGUCAUGUAUAUUUUGAACUUGUUAUCAUUGUAUUUAAAACUAUAAAUGCAUGUAUAAACUAUUGAUGCGUGUUUUAUCUAUUGAUGCAUGUAUAUACAGAUAGGUAAAUGUUUUUUUUUUUAUACAGAUAAUAGAUUAAAGUUUUAAGUUUACUGUAAAUGCACAUGUUUUCGCUGGGUCAGAAUUUCCCGAGUUUGAAAUUUUGUGUAUGUUCAUGAGGUUUAAUAUUCGCGGAAUUGUAAAAAUUGUAUCCUACUUGAAUUUGAAUUAUACUAAUGGUGAAUAUUUAUGAGAGGAUGAAUUUUGGCGUGAUGUAAGGCCUUGUGAAUAUAGCGAAAAUUAAAUCCUCGCAAAAAUUUCUGCUUUUACAGUUUAUGAGUGGUGAUGUAGGGCAAAACCUCUCAUCUGAGCUGUUGGAUCCAUUAAGCAUGCAACUAGGGUUUGCUCAUAUUAUUUUUUUUUUUAAAGUACACAAGCUGAGUAUAAGUUUUAAAAGAAUCCAGCAACAAAAUUGAGUCAAAGUUGCAAUUCUGUGACUAAUAGACAAAAAAUGAUAGAUAAUAUCAAAAUUCUUGAUGAUAAAUGGCUGAGUGAUUAAGUCUGUUGACUUCAAAUCACUUGCCCUCUUUUUGCGAAAAGUUUAUGGAGGAACUAAUACUACAUUGUACAAGGCAUUCCCAUAAAAAUCAUAUGCAUGACCUCCAUGAAUUGUAGAUGCACCUAAAUAUCCGUUUAAAGUCUGUAUGAGGAAUUGAACAAGGAUUGCUAUCUGUUCUACUUUACAAGUUGCAGUUUCAAAAUUAUGAAAUUUAUUAUCUAUGCACAUAAUGAAAUAACACUGCAAUUAUCAAAUAAUAAUAACUGACUUGAUCCUUAUCAUGCUGAACAUGACUGAUUCUGCCUUUGCAACCAAAGUAGAUCAUGAUCAGCCUGCACAUCCGUGCAGUCUGAUCAUGAUCUGCACUGUUCGCUUUUCAGAAAAUAUACUUUUGAUUAGCACCCCUUUUAACAGUUAAUGGUACAGUCCAAAUAGAAAAAUGGACAAAUUCAUUAUAGAAAUGUGACUGGGUAAGGGUUAAAAUUGGUAUGUGUUACAUAGACCUUAAUUGCAAUACAUAGUUUAUGUAUUUAUUUAUAAAAACCUGUUGUCUGGAUAUCUAGUGCCAUUUUUACAAUUGACUUGUUAAGAAAACUAUUGUUUUAAAACAUAUUUUAAAAUGCAUGUCAUUAUAUCAGGUAAAGAACUUUCAGCAGUGAUAAAUAUUAUGAGCUGUUCAUAUUUAUGGAACACAAUCUUGUUUUAGUUGUGUUAUCACCAGGGCCCAAAGUUAUAAAACCUGAGUUUGGAGACCAGUCUCAAAAUUCCAGCACCUGAUUGGCUGUUUCUUAGCUCAUUUUUGAAAUUGACCAAUGACAAAGCAGCAUUCUUGGACUGGUCCUCAGUCUCAGUUUUAUAACCUUGGAUCCAGUUCUUUUAAAAUUAAUCUGAUCAAAUAUGUUUUUAAAUUGUAUAUAUUAUCUCAAGUUAGGGCAAAUAUUGAAAUGCCUGGAAUGCAAUGCUAUAUAAAUGCAUUAUUGUUGUACAGUACGAUUUUGUAAAAUAUUUUUGUGUAAAUAUUUUAUAUUCACAUGUUAAUACAUACACUCACAGUCAUAAAUGCCAGUUGUUUUUUGUUUCCAAUUCAUUUUAGGUCUUUUCUUAUAAAACAGUUAAAUAAUAAAUACAUUGCAAAAUAA